CGGCACGCGGCAGUUUUCGUCGUCUUCUUCCUUUUUAUCAUAAUAACGAUGGUUGUUAUGGUUAUUAUUUACGGUGGCAUACAACAGGAGGGGCUUGUCCUUUCUAUUCAUGAGACUAUUGUUGAUACCAGUAAACGUAAUCGUAGUUUAGCUAAUUUGAGAAACCAGACAUUUUCACAGAGUUCUGUUCACCAGAUAAAUAUAAAGGAUAAAGGAGGGACUCAUCAAGGGCUGCUGCAUAAUGAAAAACAUAAAAAUUACUCAGAAUUGAAUACAACACAGUCCACUACUGUUCCUGGUUCAAUAAAAAAAGAGAUGAAAAUCAUGAAUAAAUCAAUUAAUCCUGAAUUACCCAUCAAUAAAACCCAAAUUACAAGAAAACCCAAUCCUCAAGAGGAGGUUCAAACCCCUGAAAGGGUAGAAAUAACUGAAAAAGGAACAGAAAUUGUUGACAUUAGUUUACCCACUGAAAUGGAAAAUGCGGAAACCAGACAAAAAGAAAGCAGAGAGAAGAAAAUCCAACAUGGCGGAUAUUUUCCCAGUUCUCAAACAGAGAUCUGGGUAACUAAUGACAUUGCAAAUGGACUGGAAAACAAUUUGGAAUUGAAGUCAGGUCCUAGUUUUCAAUCACCAGACGCAGCAGAAGAAAGUACAGGAGAUAAUUUCCUAAAUAGAUUCUCUACAUUUGCGCCAAAACUAAAAUUAGCUAAAGAUUCAGUUCCAUCCUCUAUAGAAACCAGUUCUAGUGCUCCUACCACACUUCAAGAUAUAUCCCAACUAGAAAACCAACUUUUAGAUUUGCUGGAGAAAAUGGAGGAGAGCUAUAGAACAAAAAAUUUAACUGAAAGCUAGAACAUCUUAGUUCGAAUACAACUAGGUUCCUAAUCAUGAAAAGCUGGACUUUUAUGAUCCACUCAUAUCUAAUUAAUGUAAAGAUUAUUUUAAUGCUUAAAGGGACCACCUGCCUAGGAAACCCUUUUUAUGGUGUUGUAGUAAUUUAUAACUUUAGUCCUGUCAAUCUUACUAAUGGAUAGAAAUCUGUGAAUACUUUUAAAAAAGUAAAUAAGUUGAUUAAAUGAAAGAUUUAAUAAUACCUUUUUACUCUUGAAUAUUAUUACAAUUGUUUUGACGACCUGUACCAUGCCAAAAAUAAUUCUCAAUUAAAAGAAAGUUAGAAUCUCUUUUUGUCACUGAAUUUAAUAAACUUUUUGACUUGGCUUACAUUCAGCAAUGAUACUGAUGUAAAAGUAAACCUAUUAUUUUGUUUAGGCUUUAAAGGGUUUUCUUAGUAGGUAUUCUUUAAAAGAAAUUGUUAAAAAUAUAUUAUAAAACUUAACUUUUAACAGCUUUAGAAAUGAACACAUUUCACAUUUUUGUAAAUAAAAGAAUUAGAAUUUUCAAUAAUGGUGAAACUAGUUGGAUUUAAUUCAAAAUAUAUUUGUUCCAAUUGUAAAAAUUAUUUAAAAGCAGGACACAGACUACAUUGUCUAACUGUCUGUAAGGAAUUUACCCGACCCGCCCUCCCCCCAUCCUUACAGACGUUGUUUUGUCCUAAAAAUAUUACCCCUCCUCUUUGUAUAAUAGUAUUCUAUUUUAUAUCUGUAUAUUUAAAAGUAAAUAAAAAAUUGAUUUCAUUAGACUUU